AUGGAAAAGUUACUGGCAACACUGAAUAUACUGUUUGUGAGCCCCGUAGAUAAAAAAAGAGGCGUGGGGAUUUAGUGGGGGCCAGCAGUGCUUGUGCUUCUUAUGAAAUCUUGAACUAUCUGAUGCUCAGUCCAAAGGUCUUCACGUGUUGAUAUUUGAAGGUUUUGCUACGCGCAUAACAGCGAAACCUGCGCGGAAAACCAAAGUUUAAGAAACCAAAUUUAAGUUAUACCUCUUUGAGUGCUUUAACUGUUUAUAAAAAUGUUUUCUAAUAGAAGCGUGAGGGUUUUGAAAUUGGGAAGAUGUGAGGCUUACGCGACGGUGUACCCCAGGGUUUCAAACUUGGUCCUGAACUUUCCUCCGCUGCCUUCUCUUUCUUCUCCCCAUAGGGGUCUUUCUGCUUUCCCGGCGGCCCAAAGCGAACAUCAACAGCAGAAGAUGUCCGAAAACGGAGCGUUACCCCAUCGGGGGAAAGUGCUCACCGUUGACACCAUGAACGCCAACGUGAAGAAGGUUGACUACGCGGUCCGCGGACCCAUAGUUCAGCGAGCAGUGCAGAUUGAGAAGGAACUGAAAGAGGGUGUCAAGAAGCCUUUUAAAGAGGUCAUUAAAGCCAAUAUCGGGGAUGCUCACGCUAUGGGGCAACGGCCAAUCACCUUCUUUCGACAGGUGAUGGCACUGUGUACUUAUCCACAACUACUUGAUGACAACAAAUUUCCAGAGGAUGCCAAAAACCGAGCGAGGCGUAUUUUGCAAGCAUGUGGAGGGAACAGCAUCGGUGCAUACACAACCAGUCAGGGCAUUGACUGUGUUAGGCAUGAUGUUGCCAACUACAUACAGCGCCGUGACGGCGGUAUUCCGUCUGAUCCUGAUAACAUCUACCUCACGACAGGAGCCAGUGACGGCAUUGUGACCAUACUGAAGUUGCUGACAGCUGGAGAGGGUCGUACACGGACGGGGGUCAUGAUCUCUAUUCCUCAGUACCCUCUGUACUCUGCAUCUAUAGCAGAGUUGGGUGCCGUUCAGGUGAAUUACUACUUGAAUGAGGAGAAGUGCUGGAGUCUAGACAUUAGUGAGCUACAGCGCUCUCUACAGGCAGCCAGAGAGCAUUGCAACCCCCGUGUACUGUGCAUCAUCAACCCCGGCAACCCCACUGGUCAGGUACAAAGCAGACAAUGUAUUGAAGAUGUAAUUCGAUUUGCAGCCAAAGAAAACCUCUUCCUAAUGGCUGAUGAAGUGUAUCAGGACAAUGUAUACGCAGAGGGCUGUGAGUUUCACUCCUUCAAGAAAGUGCUGUUCGAGAUGGGUCCAGAGUAUUCAAGAACAGUAGAGCUGGCGUCGUUCCAUUCCACCUCUAAGUGCUACAUGGGAGAAUGUGGUUUUCGAGGAGGAUACAUGGAGGUCAUCAACAUGGACCCAGAGGUUAAAGCUCAGCUCACCAAGCUGGUGUCAGUGCGCUUGUGCCCACCUGCGCCUGGACAAGCCCUCAUGGACCUGGUGGUCAAUUCCCCUCAGCCCGGAGAACCCUCCUACCAGUCAUUCAUGAAGGAGCGAACAGCCGUUCUGAGUGCCUUGGCUGAAAAAGCCAAACUGACAGAGGAGAUUCUGAAUACAGUGCCAGGCAUCAGCUGUAACCCUGUGCAGGGAGCCAUGUACUCCUUCCCUCGUAUCACCAUACCUGAACGUGCCAUCAACGAAGCCAAGGCGAAGGGUCAGGCUCCAGACAUGUUCUACUGCAUGAAACUUCUGGAGGACACUGGGAUCUGCCUCGUUCCUGGCAGUGGUUUUGGUCAAAGAGAUGGCACUUACCACUUCAGGAUGACCAUCCUUCCACCAACAGACAAACUCAAGAUUAUGCUCAACAAACUGAAGGAAUUCCAUCAGACAUUCACCCAGCAGUAUGCUUGACCCCAGUUCAAUCACAGCUCUACUACCACAACCUGACUGACUAAAAGUGCUACAAUACAUUUCUCACUUUGCACCUUCUUAAUGUUUGGUCAUGAUGUGGCCAAAAAAUCACUUGAGCCUUGAUGGACACUAAUUUGCAACUUUUCCACUGGAUAAUGUUAUGCCUUGUAGCUAAAGAUGAAUGAGUACACUAUAAAACUCUCGUUUUGGACUUUUAACAUGCAAUGGGUAGAAUUCGCAAGACUUUAUUUCUCAUUUCACAAGAUUUUAACCAAAUGAUGACACUUUUCUGAACAUCCAGAUCUUCAUGAUGUGGUAUAAUUCUUAAUGUAUGUUAGUGUGGUCCGUGAAUAGUAAAAUGAAAAUAAUGGGCAUUCAAGAGACAUGAUUUUGCACUGGUUUAUUUUCAGUGCUUUGUGGCAGUUGUAAUUAUAAAUGCAUUCAUGAAUCAAUAUAUGCUGUAACAUUCCUGUAUGUGUAAAUAAUAAUUGAUUUAAUACAGUAUAGAUUAAUA